CAAUUUUCAUGUGUUUUUUGUGUUAAUGGGACGCUGAAUGGAUUAGAGGAAUCAGAAGAAGAAGGAUCGUUUUGUCGUGCUGACGAAGACAAUUUUGGACUGUGUAAGAAGAUCACACAAUGCGCGGGACUAUUCAAAAAUGUAACAACUCUUAAAUUUCAUAAGUUUUGUUCCUUCAGUUUGAAAAGGCCUUUAGUGUGUUGCCCAUUCUGCCAAUUCGAUGAUGAUAUAUUGUAUAUGGGAUAUAUAUAUAAAUAGAGUACCAUGCAAUACUUUGGAAGACUUCGAAGAUCUGGACGAAAGUAUGAUGUGUGAUAAAAUACGGGACCCUCGUAAUCUGCAGAAGGUCAUAGCUGGAGGAAAAAAUGCUGAGAGGAGGCAGUUCCCUCACAUGGUGAGUAUUAUGUUCACUGACAGUGUUCUGCCAGCCUGUCUGCUCAAAGACCCUUCUAAAGAAGCUCCAGUUGCCAUAGCAACGGGAUGGGGAACUAUGGGACAUCGGAAGCCGCUUGCUGAAAUAUUACAGAUGGGAGAUAGCGGUGGGCCUCUACAAAUGGACGCGCGACCAGGCAUGCAAUGCAUGGCUAUUGUUUUUGGUGUGACCUCCUAUGGAAAAGCAUGCGGCUACAAGGGCAGUUCUGGAAUGUACACAAAAGUCAGCCAUUAUAUUCCAUGGAUUGAAUCCAUUGUUGGGAGAUUACCUUAUUAACGUUUUAA